UUGUAUAUAUAUAUUAAUUUAACUAAAAAAAUAUAAGCUGAAGUCAGAGUAACUUCAUUUAAAGUUUAAAUUAUUGUGUACAGUUUAUUGCUAUUUUAGAAAAAUUCCACGUUAAAAAAAAAAUGACGAUGCUCAUUUUAUUCGUUACUUUAUUAUCUUCCUGUUUUUUUUAUGUACCAGAAGUACAUGGAACAGGUAACACAAUUGGAAACGAUAUAUUAAGAUGUGCUUCUUGUGGAACUACAACAGGAUUACAGCAAAGUACUCUGUGUUGUCACUUAUAUUGUAGCAGUUGUAAAACUUUCAAUUGGACAUGUUUGAUUUGCAAAAAAGAUAUCAUAUUUAGAAGAUAUUUAAGCUGUGCAACAUGUGGAUAUAAUUCCAAUUUAGUCUCGAAGUUCAGUAAUGUAUUUUGUCAGAAUUGUAAAGACUUAGUUACAAUCUCACAAGAAAACGAAGCUUCGUCGUCCAGACAAAAUACAAUCCGACAACAAACCGAAGCUUCGUCGUCCAGACAAAAUGAUGUCCCCAAUGAAUUUAUAAAUUACCGUCCAGAUAACGAAAUUAGAAAUCAAAGUACUAAUAAUCAUAAUCAAGAUAAUGAAGGCAACAACACAUAUAAAAUAAAAGUCACACUUGAUAGUAACGGAAACCCAUUUUACGAUUUUUUGGAAGUAGACGAUGAUUAGUCAUAGAAAUAUUUGAAAACAAAAUAUAUGAGUACAAUAUUUGAAAACCUUAACAUCUAACUAAAAUGUUGAUACAAUUCAUGCGUUAAAUUACAUAAUUUCAUAUUAUAAAUAUAAAUAUAAUAUAUAAUAUAAAUUUCA